GAAAGGGAAAGGAAAAGGGGAAAGAAAGAGGGGCAGAGGAGGGAAGGCGACUGCAGUCCGAAAGGAGCUUUUGGAAGCUAGGACCCUAAGCGUCGGGACGUGGCAUUGGUCGAGAGAAAGCCUGGGCUGGCAAGAGCUGCCGCCGGCGCUGGGAGAGCAUUUAUUUGGGAGAAAAAGAGGGGAGAGAGCAGAGGGAGGGGGAGGAAGAGAGUUCAAACCGAAGUGGAUGGAAGGGGACUGGGGUUUCUGCCGCGCAAGGAGCCGCGAGCCAGGGCGAUGGCGCUAAGGACGGCGCGGAGCAGCUGCGCUCCCGAGAACGCGUCUCCUCGCAGAGGACUAGCAGGCGUCGGGAAGGUCUGCGCCAACGGGAACCAACUUGUGGCUCCAAAAUGUACCCAACGCAGCUGGAAAUGAGAUCAAAGCUGCAGUUGCAUUUGAGAAGGAUGAGAAGAGCCAGCGAUUAGGGAGUUUUUGUUUUUUUUUAACCCGUUUUCUUUUUCUUUUUUUCUUCUUUUUCUUUUUUUUUCUUUUUUCGUGUGUGUUUUUUUAAUUUGCCUACCACCCUGUCUGUCCCCUCACUUCGCCCUCCCCAUUUGAAAUAAAAGCCCCAGUCUCAACUUCCAUCACCUCGGCGCUCCCGGAGCCACUGCCGGCUGAUGGAGGAGAAGGGGACCCGGGGGCUGGCAGGGGCCACCGGCGAGGGACCGCAUCCCGCGUCUCCCCCGUGAUCCCGGCCCCGACCGCGGAGUUCUGCAACACCUGGAGGAUCUGGACCGGGUGCUGGGGGUGGGGGCGGGGACAGAGGAAGGAAAGGCACCCCGAGCCUUAAAAAGAAAAAAAAAAAAAAAGCGGGGGGAGGAAUGGGUUUCUUCUUGACAGCCGACGGAGCCUUGAAAUUUUCCUCCACUACCUCCGCCCCCGCCCUCGCCCCCGCCCCCCGCACUCCACUUAACGUGAGAUUAUGAAAUUGCAGAGGCGGUGGAGGGAAGGAGACAGGAUAUAACCGGAGUUUGGAGGGGAGAGGGGAAGGUGGCUGGCCGGGUGGCUGAAAUCAAAAAUUCAAUUGCGCACUGGGUUGUGAUGAGAAAUCUAAUCAGAUCUUUGGCGAAGGGGCUGGCCGGAAGGAUGGCGAGUGGGGGGAAGUUGUUCCCCAAAUUCUUCGAAGGGGAGGCUGGGGAGAGGAAUUGACGAUGUAAAAGGAGACUUUUCUUUUGGUGGUGGUGGCUGUUGGGUGCCUUGCAAAAAUGAAGGAUGCGGGACGCAGCUCUCUCCUGGAACCGAACGCAGUGGAUAAACUGAUUGUGCAAGAGAGAAGGAAGAACGAAGCUUUUUCUUGUGAGCGCUGGAUCUUAACACAAAUGUGUAUAUGUGCACACGGGGAGCAUUCAAGAAUGAAAUAAACCAGGGUUAGACCCGCGGGGGUUGGUGUGUUCUGACAUAAAUAAAUAAUCUUAAAGCAGCUGUUCCCCUCCCCCCCAAAAAAAGGAUGAUUGGAAAUGGAGAACCGAGGAUUCACAAAGAAAAAAGUAUGUUCAUUUUUCUCUGUAAAGGAGAAAGUGAGCCAAGGAGAUAUUUUUGGAAUGAAAAGUUUGGGGCUUUUUUAGCAAAGUAAAGAACUGGUGUGGUGGUGGUUUCUUUUCUUUUUGAAUUUCCCACAAGAGGAGAGGAAAUUAAUAAUACAUCUGCAAAGAAAUUUCAGAGAAGAAAAGUUGACCGCGGCAGAAUGAGGCAUUGAUUGGGGGAGAGAAACCAGCAGAGCACAGUUGGAUUUGUGCCUAUGUUGACUAAAAUUGACGGAUAAUUGCAGUUGGAUUUUUCUUCAUCAACCUCCUUUUUUAAAAUUUUUAUUCUUUUUGGUAUCAAGAUCACGCGUUUUCUCUUGUUCUUAACCACCUGGAUUUCCAUCUGGAUGUUGCUGUGAUCAGUCUGAAAUACAAUCAAGAAACUGAGAGUGAGAAAGAAGGGACUGGCCAGAGUCACUCAGCUAGACAGUGACAGACAACAGUGGAACUUCUGAUUGGCAAACGCACUGCCUAUUUACAGCAUAGAGACCCCAGUGGAGAGCUAGUUGAGAAACAGCCUCAUGUUCCCUGCUUGACUCGAGAGAUGACUUUCCUUGGGAUUCACUUAUCUUACUGUUUGAAUUCCAGAAGGACCAACACCAGAUAAAUUAUGAAUGUUGAACAAGAUGACCUUACAUCCACAGCAGAUAAUGAUAGGUCCUAGGUUUAACAGGGCCCUAUUUGACCCCCUGCUUGUGGUGCUGCUGGCUCUUCAACUUCUUGUGGUGGCUGGUCUGGUGCGGGCUCAGACCUGCCCUUCUGUGUGCUCCUGCAGCAACCAGUUCAGCAAGGUGAUUUGUGUUCGGAAAAACCUGCGUGAAGUUCCGGAUGGCAUCUCCACCAACACACGGCUGCUGAACCUCCAUGAGAACCAAAUCCAGAUCAUCAAAGUGAACAGCUUCAAACACUUGAGGCACUUGGAAAUCCUACAGUUGAGUAGGAACCAUAUCAGAACCAUUGAAAUUGGGGCUUUCAAUGGUCUGGCGAACCUCAACACUCUGGAACUCUUUGACAAUCGUCUUACUACCAUCCCGAAUGGAGCUUUUGUAUACUUGUCUAAACUGAAGGAGCUCUGGUUGCGAAACAACCCCAUUGAAAGCAUCCCUUCUUAUGCUUUUAACAGAAUUCCUUCUUUGCGCCGACUAGACUUAGGGGAAUUGAAAAGACUUUCAUACAUCUCAGAAGGUGCCUUUGAAGGUCUGUCCAACUUGAGGUAUUUGAACCUUGCCAUGUGCAACCUUCGGGAAAUCCCUAACCUCACACCGCUCAUAAAACUAGAUGAGCUGGAUCUUUCUGGGAAUCAUUUAUCUGCCAUCAGGCCUGGCUCUUUCCAGGGUUUGAUGCACCUUCAAAAACUGUGGAUGAUACAGUCCCAGAUUCAAGUGAUUGAACGGAAUGCCUUUGACAACCUUCAGUCACUAGUGGAGAUCAACCUGGCACACAAUAAUCUAACAUUACUGCCUCAUGACCUCUUCACUCCCUUGCAUCAUCUAGAGCGGAUACAUUUACAUCACAACCCUUGGAACUGUAACUGUGACAUACUGUGGCUCAGCUGGUGGAUAAAAGACAUGGCCCCCUCCAACACAGCUUGUUGUGCCCGGUGUAACACUCCUCCCAAUCUAAAGGGGAGGUACAUUGGAGAGCUCGACCAGAAUUACUUCACAUGCUAUGCUCCGGUGAUUGUGGAGCCCCCUGCAGACCUCAAUGUCACUGAAGGCAUGGCAGCUGAGCUGAAAUGUCGGGCCUCCACAUCCCUGACAUCUGUAUCUUGGAUUACUCCAAAUGGAACAGUCAUGACACAUGGGGCGUACAAAGUGCGGAUAGCUGUGCUCAGUGAUGGUACGUUAAAUUUCACAAAUGUAACUGUGCAAGAUACAGGCAUGUACACAUGUAUGGUGAGUAAUUCCGUUGGGAAUACUACUGCUUCAGCCACCCUGAAUGUUACUGCAGCAACCACUACUCCUUUCUCUUACUUUUCAACCGUCACAGUAGAGACUAUGGAGCCGUCUCAGGAUGAGGCACGGACCACAGAUAACAAUGUGGGUCCCACUCCAGUGGUCGACUGGGAGACCACCAAUGUGACCACCUCUCUCACGCCACAGAGCACAAGGUCGACAGAGAAAACCUUCACCAUCCCAGUGACUGAUAUAAACAGUGGGAUCCCAGGAAUUGAUGAGGUCAUGAAGACUACCAAAAUCAUCAUUGGGUGUUUUGUGGCCAUCACACUCAUGGCUGCAGUGAUGCUGGUCAUUUUCUACAAGAUGAGGAAGCAGCACCAUCGGCAAAACCAUCACGCCCCAACAAGGACUGUUGAAAUUAUUAAUGUGGAUGAUGAGAUUACGGGAGACACACCCAUGGAAAGCCACCUGCCCAUGCCUGCGAUCGAGCAUGAGCACCUAAAUCACUAUAACUCAUACAAAUCUCCCUUCAACCACACAACAACAGUUAACACAAUAAAUUCAAUACACAGUUCAGUGCAUGAACCGUUAUUGAUCCGAAUGAACUCUAAAGACAAUGUACAAGAGACUCAAAUCUAAAACAUUUACAGAGUUACAAAAAACAAACAAUCAAAAAAAAGACAGUUUAUUAAAAAUGACACAAAUGACUGGGCUAAAUCUACUGUUUCAAAAAAGUGUCUUUACAAAAAAACAAAAAAGAAAAGAAAUUUAUUUAUUAAAAAUUCUAUUGUGAUCUAAAGCAGACAAAAUUAUGUGUAUUCCUCAGAACCUGUUUUUGCUGCACUUACUCACUACUUUCCCACAUCUCAUUCCUCCCUUCCCUGAUUGCCAUAUUUUUCAUAGCAGAUCUCAAUUCCUUAAAGAACUGGUCUAGGAAAUUUUGUAAGAAUUCUGUUACACUUUGAGAUUUUUAUGGUGAAUUCUAGUGGUGAGAUCCAGUCUAUUUUGUCUCUCUCUCUUUUUUUAAUUUUUUUCUUUUUCCCUCAUACCCAUAUGAAGUAAUCCAAUGGGGAAUGCAAUAUCAGAAAUAGAUUUUUAAGAGAGAACAAGGAAAAAAAUGCAAGAUCUUAUAUUUUUCAUGUAAUGACCUGUUCUGUAUUUAUGAGGAAGACCAUUCUAUGGAAAAGAAAAGAAAGUAAGCAAACAACAGAUUAAUUUACAUAUGAGCAUCUAUAAAACCCAUGACUUUUAAACAACUCUAGAACCAGAAUUUGUAGUUAAAAAGCUAAAAAUAAGAUUAUAAAUAAAAUAUUGUUGGUUUUUCUGUACCUGGACACAACUCAUUUGUAGUAUGGCUCAAAUGUGAGAAACUUGAAGGUAAUUAGAUUUUCUGCUUUCUAAGAAAGAAAAUACUACAGUAUUCUUUAGUCACAAAAGCAAUCUCUACAGGGUCCUGUUUGACUAGUUGACUUGAGUUUUAGAUCUAUGUUUAAGGAUGCUGUGGUAUUUUUUCCUUCUCAUUAGGCUUGCCCUUUGUAGAAUGCUCAGGUUCGAAAAUAAUGAUUUUGUGAAGUAAAUUUAAUUCUACUUGAAGGAAAGUUUCAGUAUAAUUUAUUUACUGCCUCCUAAACAUAAUUUCAUUGGCCAGAUGAACUAUAACUGCGAAACAUGAAAGUAUUCUAAAUCAUCUAGAGCUGAAAAAGAGUAUUUGGUGAUGAGUGUUAGCAAAUUCAGUUCAAUUCAAUGAUAAUUAUUAAAGACCUACUACACAGUAGUAAAUACAGAUUUUAGUAUUUAGUAUUGUGGGUGCACAAUUGACAAGAUCUGGUUCCUGCUCUUGCAUUACUCCCAAUCUAUAUAAAAAUGAUUAAAGAAAUCAUCUCAGUUCAUUACUGGUUGCCAGUUCUAAUUUUACUGUUAGGUGAAAGGCCGUGAAUCAGAACCUUAAAUUUUCAAAAUAUUAGAUUACUGUUAUUAUAGAAAGCUCUUGGUUUUCUGAUGGUUUCUUCCAUCUUUCUGGAAGAGGUGAUUAUCUUUCUAAAUGCAAACUGCAGAGCUUUAAGAAGUGUGGGUUUAGAUUUGCUCUGAAGGAUGAAUACAUACCAGGAGAGGGCAAUGCUAAAUCAGUGGUCAUUAAUUAAUGGUAUUUUUUAAGGAGCUGGGGGCAUCUUGGCUAAGAGACCAUACACUAGCUUCCAAGUAAAAAAGGAACUUGCUGGUUAUUGUACUUUGGCAUUCUCCUGAUAUUUUAAUGUAUUAUGUAUAUGACUUCUAU